UAGAUACCGCCAUGAAGGAAAAUCGCCUCGGUCGCAGGUCUUCAAGAUCAACAUUGAACGAUUCCGGACCGACAUCUCCAACCCUUUCGAUAACCAAUUCCCCCACUACAGGAAGAGAAUCCAAGCCGUCACCGCUGCAAGGAUCCCUCAGAGGCUUACGCAAUUGGCACUCAAGACACUCCUCAGCCUCAUCCAUCACCGCAGAUACUCAUACUCCCAGAGACACCAUGAAGCCACCCGAAGAUAUCCCCUACUUCCCCACCGACAAGCGAAAGGACAGUAGAACCAGUGACACCAUCCCCAUCUGGAGGGAGCCCCAACUCCCCGAAAGUCCGACGCGAACCCUCAACUUGUCACCAAGGCACGACAGCGCACCUCCUCCGCGAGAGAAUUACUUCGUCAAGCCAUGGCAUGAAAAAGCCUCUUUGCGCCCUUACGAGCGGAUUUGGCUGAGUGAGGCUUCUGUACAAGAUUACGAAUGAAUGAAAAAAAAUUAUGUCUCAGAUUUUGAUUUUGAUUUUUUUUUUGUGGCCGGAGGGGAGGGAUGGGAUACUUAUUGGGGGGCGGCUUGGUUGCUUGAUACCCAGGGCAAGCGAUCCUACCUAAGUUACUAGAUUUUUGUUCAUGCUGAAUGGAAGCAUUAUGGUCGACGGCCUAGCUAGCGAAACCACUUGGAGUCUCUC